AUGCGGGACAAGAUUUCCAACUUAGAAAACGCACCCUCAACCGUCAUCUAUCCCUGGUCCCACCGCAGACUCGGACUACUGCCCCCAGCCCCGUUCCCAGGCGACCCCCUCCCAGCCGAUCUCAACGACCCCUCAGCACUCAGACCAUCCCCACCCCCCUUCCCCCGCUAUGGACACUCGAUCAACCCCAUGGGCACCCCCACCGGCUCCGGGGACAUCUACAUCUUCGCCGGGCUCGUCAAGGACCAAGUCAAGAACGACCUCUACGUCCUCAACAUUGCCCCCACCAACCCCGCCACCCCGCCCAGCCACCACCUCCACAACCAGAUCCUCACCGUCGGCCUGGUCGAGACCAGGGGGGAAGUCCCGCUCCCCCGCGUCGGCCACGCCUCCGUCGGCGUAGGCAACGUCCUCAUCGUCUGGGGCGGCGACACCAAAACCAGGGACGACGAGAAGCAGGACGACGGCCUCUACCUGCUCAACCUCUCCACGCGCGAGUGGACUAGAGUCAAGGUCUCCGGCCCCUGUCCCGAAGGCCGCUACGGCCACUCGGCCGCCAUCCUCGGCAGCAAGUUCUACAUCUUUGGCGGCCAAACCGACAACGGCCGCUUCAUGAACGAUCUAUGGAGCUUCGACCUCCACAAACUCAAAUCCGGUGCUCCCAGAUGGCAUCUCACCGAGUUCCCAACAACAGCACACAUCCCCUCCGAAAGGACCGGCCACACCGUCGUCACCUUCAAAGACUCCAUCUACGUCUUUGGCGGCACCGACGGCCAGUAUCAUUACAACGAUACCUGGAAACUCGACGUCGCCACCGGCACCUGGAAAGAGCUCGACUGCAUCGGCUACAUCCCGCUUCCCCGCGAAGGUCAUGCGGCCACCCUGGUCGAUGAUGUGAUGUAUGUCCUGGGCGGCAGAGGAGUCGAUGGAAAAGACCUCGAUGAUCUAGCCGCGUUCAAAAUAUCCAACCAACGUUGGUACAUGUUUCAAAAUAUGGGUCCCGCACCCGCCGGUCGAUCAGGCCAUUCCAUGGCCUCCUGGCAAGGCAAGGUCUACGUGCUCGGUGGUGAAUCUUAUACCUCUGCCAAGCCAGACGACCCCUCGAUCGUCCACGUACUCGAUACGGCCAAGAUCAAGUAUCCCCUCGAUCCCACCACCGUCACCCGUCAGCAGGCCGCCCUAUCAACCAGUCACAAGUCCUCCGACGCGAGCCUCAACGAUCCUAGCAUCCAUUCAAAUAACUCACUGGCUACCCGACCCCCCGUCAGCAGCAAUCUUGUACCCGUCGAAUCUGAUCACGGCCCCGAUCGCAGCCCCAAACGUGCUACCACCGGCGGCUCUCCCUCCCCCGCCAGCUCCCGUCCGCGUCGCCCAGAGGAUCCUGCCCCCGCUGGAACUGGAUCAAAUGCCAGUAAUCGUCGGACGAUCAGCGCGACUACCUCACGAGCCAUGUCUCCCCAGGGCACGACCACCUCACGAACGAUGUCACCCCAUGGCCAACAAAUAGCAGCCGCUAAUAACGAACCCAUCGUCCGCCAGUCCAUGUCGCCAAGCUCGCAGCCCGCCCCGCCCCGCCGAAGUCUAGAGAACGCGUCCGGAACCAAUCUCAAGACCAUGCGCUCCUCUCAGUCUAACACCGCAGUUGUCACCACACGACAAAGCAGUUCCUCAGUGCCACGACGGGUCUCGGCCGAGAUCACCCGCAUGCUCCACUUUAACUCCUCCUCUCCGACCUCCAAGCUCGGCCAAGAAAUCGGCCCAUCCAAUACCCAGCAACAACGCCAACAAAAGCCCAACAACCACCAGCCCACGGGCUCUUCCUCCUCGAUCUCUUCGCUCGCCGAUCCCUCCUCGAUCCUCAGCAAACAAAACGGCUGGAUGAAGGCCGCCCUGGCCAUGGCCGUCCAGCAGGGCUUCAUGCUCCCUCCCUCCGACGAACACGCCCUCCUCUCCGACGAACGCUCCUGGCUGUUGAACUUCCAGGACCUCCAUCAUGAGUCCCCCCAGAAUGGCGCGUUGGCUAAGGAUAAGGGCAUGCAACGGUUGGUUGAGGCGCUUGUCCAAUUGAAACGCGAACUGAAUAAAGCAAAGAGUCAAAUGGCUGAACAGGCCAAACAGUUGGACAAUCGACUCACCGAGACGAGCAAGACCAAGACAGCAGCUUUACAAGAGGCCUCCUUCUAUCGAGUCAAACUGGCUGCCUAUGAGGCCGCGUCUGUCUCUGAGAUCAACAAACUCGAGAGGCAGCGGAUCAGCGACCUGGAGCACAAGCUUUCAGACUUGAUCGUAUCCAAGUCGGCUUCCGAACGCCAAGUGGCUCAAUUGACGAGCGAGCUGGAGCAGGAACGAAACCUUCGGGAGGUCUCCCAAGAGAACUUCAACAAGAGUCACGACCGCUCCGAGCAGCUCCAAGCCCUCCAUUCUCAGCUUGUGAUCGACUACGAGGAGCUCAUGAACAAGACGCGCGGCACGGAUCUCUCGUCGACGGACCAAGCCCAACAGUACCAAUCCUUGCAGACGACCCAUCGCGCCGUGCUUGCCGAGCUAGAGAGCUCGAAGCAGCAACUGGAGAGCACGCAACUGGUCAAUGAGAAGUACCUGUUCACGCUCCAACAGUUCCAGAAAUCGAUGGAUGCUAGUCGGGCUCAGGUUGACGAGAUGCAGAGCUCGUGGGAGCAGGCCAAGGCGGACUUGGAGGCCCAGAAGAGUCUCGCUCACGACCUCAGUCAGGAGUUGGACUCGAAGCUCCACGAGCUCGACCACGCUAAGAGCCAGAUCGAGCAGAUGGAACACGCACUCAGCAAUGCCCGGGAGGAGAACGCGGCGCUCAAGACGCUCAACGAUGACGGGAUCAGCCAGCUCAUCAGUGCCACACGCUCCAUUCCCACCGACCUGGCCUCGAGCACUAAAGACGAUCCCGUCAAGAUGCGCAGUCUCAGUGGCGACAGUCAGCAGCAAGGUGGAGUCCAUCCAGACGACCUCAAGGCCGACGACAGUCAGGACGGUUUGACGCGCAAGAAGCUCGAGAGCACGGUCCUCGAACUCGCCGAGAUCCGGUCCAGGAACAUGGCGUUGGAGGUGGAUCUGAUGGGCUCCAAGUCCGAGGUCGCGGCCCUGCGCCGGAAGAUGAUGAAUCUGAUGGGCGAAUCUAACAAGAUCCGCUCCCAGAUCUCGGCUAAGGACGACGAGCUGAAAGAGAAAAGUCGGAUGAUCGAGGCUGCGGAGGUCAAGACCUCGCUGCUCAAGAACCUGAUGGCGGAGAACGGUGGCGGGGGAACGGAGGAUGAACCGGGGUGUCGGUCGUUCGACUCGGCUGGACCCGGCACGUUCGGGAUGUUGUCGGCGAGUGUGGGCAACAGCGACGGGAUGUCGAGGCGGGUGCAGGAGCUCGAGGAGCAGCUGUCGGAGCGGACGCGGCAGCAUCGGGGACUGGAGAUGCAGUACGCGGCGACGCAGAAGGAAAUGGAGAUGGCCGAGGGCCGGUACCGCGAGGCGCACCGGAAGCACGAGGCGGCGGCGGACGAGAUCUCGUCGCUGGUCGAGGAAGUUCAGCGGCUCCGGUCGGGCGGCGCCUCGUCGGUCUCGCCCGCCUCCGUCGAGGGCCAGCAGCAGGGCUCGACCAAGGUGGAGGAGGAGCUCCAGGCUCUGCAGGAGAAACACCGCACGUUGGAGGUCACUCAUGGGAAGGCUGUCCAGUACGUCAAGGGCACCGAGAAGAUGCUGCGCAGGAUGAAGGACGAGCUGGUGAAGUACAAGGAGCGGACGGCGACGCUGGAGGCCGAGCUGGCGGGGCUCAAAAGAUCGGAGCCGGCGGCGGCGGCGGAGGACGGGGCGGAGAUGCGGGAGGAGAUGAAGGGCCAGCUGCACGACCUGACCCGGCAGCUCUCGUCGCUGCGCGACAGCUCGCGCGCCUCCAGCCUCGAGAACGAGGAGCUCCAGCGGCGGAUGCUGGGGAUCCGGCAGGAGUACGAGCACGACAUGCGCGAGCAUGCGCGCGCCAAGCAGGCCCAGAUCGACAGCCUCCAUGCCGACCUCGGCCGGCUCCAGAGUCUCCACCAGACGCUCAAGGACGACUUCGACCGUCUGGGCGCCGAGAACGGCAGACUGAAUGCGCUCAUCAAGGCCUCCAAGAACUCCAUCAACCGCGUCAUCGCCGCCGACCACUCGCCCUCCCGUACCAACUCCUCCCCCACCAGCCGCGACAGGGACGCCGACGCCGCCGAGGCCGAGAGCCUCCAUGUCAAGGAGAUCGGGUGGCUGCGGAAGGAGAACCUCGAGCUGCAGGGACGCUGUCAGGACGCCGAAGCCAAGAUCUCGUUGUUGCUGGACCAUAUGGACAGCCGCUCCGAUGGGAAGCGAAGGUCGACGGGCGUGGAGUCGAUCCACGCCGGCUUCGGACCCCGCUCCGAGUCCCCCGCUAGCACGCCCACCCUCACCCCCGCUCACUCGCUCUCUUGA